UAAACCUGCCGCUGGCUGCUGCAGGAGGACGAGGAAAUCGAGACGGCGAGGGAGGUGGGAGUAGCCGGAGGGGGACGGACGGAUUCAUUGCGGAAAAUACACACCAGCCCACUCUUAAGGAAAUAAAUACACGCUCAUCCAGCAGAAUAGCCUAAAGCCAGGACAUUAUACUUGAAUAAGAUCAAUGGUUGAGAAAGGCUGAUUCCACUGAUUGACAGACAAAGGCCUGCUGGCAAAAACAAAUUAAAAUGAGCAUGCUGAAACCGAGUGGUUUGAAAGCUCCCAGCAAGAUAGGCAAGUCUGCAACUGCUACUACAAAAAGCUCAGCUACUGCCCCUGGAAAAGUAUCUGCUGGAGAUAAGACUUCUUCAAGUUCGACAACAUCUGAUGCACAGGAGGAAUUUGUGGAUGACUUUCAUGUUGGUGAACGAGUUUGGGUUAAUGGCAGCAAACCUGGAUUCAUACAGUUUUUGGGAGAGACUCAAUUUGCCCCUGGUCAGUGGGCAGGAAUUGUAUUGGAUGAACCUAUAGGCAAGAAUGAUGGCUCAGUUGCUGGUGUACGUUACUUUCAGUGUGAAGCUUUACGUGGUAUAUUUACAAGACCAUCAAAGCUUUCCAGAAACGCAGCAGAAGGAGAAUCCAAUGGAACACAGGCUGCCCCAUUGUCCAGAGCGACAUCCCCCACUACAAACUCUGCCAGUUUGACCUCUCCACCACCAACCACACCUUCCCCAGCAACUGCUGCUCAUACAACACCACCUACCCCUGCAACCCCUUCCACCCCUGCCACGCCAGCCACAAACCUCACGAGGGUAGCCAGUGAAUCUGUAUCUAAUUUGUCAGAGGCUGGCUCUGUGAAAAAAGGAGAGCGGGAGUUGAAAAUGGGAGAUCGUGUUUUGGUUGGUGGCACUAAAGCUGGAGUUGUAAGGUUUCUAGGGGAGACGGACUUUGCAAAAGGAGAAUGGUGUGGGGUUGAGCUUGAUGAACCCUUGGGGAAGAAUGAUGGAGCAGUGGCUGGGACAAGGUAUUUUCAGUGUCAGCCAAAAUAUGGUUUAUUUGCACCUGUUCAUAAAGUUACCAAAAUUGGUUUUCCGUCAACCACCCCAGCAAAGGCAAAAACUACUGUACGGAAAGUUGUUACUACACCAUCUGGUUUGAAACGAAGUCCCAGUGCAUCUUCCAUCAGCUCACUUAGUUCAAUUGCAUCUUCAGUAAGUGGAAAACCUAGUCGCACAGGACUGUUAACAGAAACAUCCUCACGCUAUGCAAGAAAGAUAUCUGGUACUACAGCUUUGCAAGAGGCAUUGAAAGAGAAACAGCAGCAUAUUGAACAGCUCUUGGCAGAGCGUGACCUAGAGAGAGCAGAGGUUGCCAAGGCAACAAGCCAUGUGGGAGAGAUUGAGCAGGAGCUAUCCCUUUUAAGGGCUGGACAUGAACAGUAUGUAAUGGAAAUGGAAGCUAAAAUGGAUCAACUCCGAACUCUAGUGGAAGCUGCUGAUAAGGGCAAAGUGGACUUGGUUAACCAGUUAGAAGAGGAAAAGAGAAAGGUGGAGGAUUUACAAUUUCGUGUUGAAGAAGCAUGCAUUACCAAAGGAGACUUGGAGACGCAGACCAAACUGGAGCAUGCCCGCAUUAAGGAGCUUGAACAGAGCCUGCUCUUUGAAAAGACCAAAGCUGACAAACUCCAGAGAGAGUUAGAAGACACUAGGGUAGCCACUGUAUCUGAAAAGUCUCGUAUCAUGGAAUUGGAAAGAGACCUUGCUUUAAAAGUAAAAGAAGUGACAGAGCUUCGUCAGAGGACUGAUGCCUCUAAAGGUGCAGGAGAUUACGAUUCUUCUGCUCGGCUGUUAGAAGAACUCAGUUCUUUGAAAGAUCAGCUUGCCUUGAAAAUCAGAGAUCACCAAAGUGAACUUAAAGCCUUGGAAGAGAAACUUGAAAAUGCUGAAAAGCUUAAUGAGAAAGAGAAAGCUCAGAUUCAGCUUUCUAAUGAAAAACUUGUAAAAGAGAAUGACUUAUUAAAAAACAAAGUGUGUCAGAUAGAGAAGGAGAACUGUGAUGUCACAGAACUGUGGAAAAUAAAGCUUGAAUCUGCCAUUGCUUCCCACCAGCAAGCUAUGGAAGAACUUAAAGUGUCCUUCAGCAAGGGAGCUGGAGCUCAGUCUGCUGAGCUCAUUGAACUCAAGAGCACUAUAGAAAAAUUAAAACUUGAUCAUAAAAUUGAACUUGAAAAUGUACAAAAGCAGUAUGACUUGGAAAAUUCUAAGUAUUUGAAUCAACAAGAGUUACUGAAGAAACAGCUGCUAGAAGUUAGUGAGGAGAAAGAGAAACUUGUGGAAACUCACAGGACUGUCCUAGACAAUACAGAAGAACAGCAUUUGAUAGAAAUGGAGGAAGUGUUGAACAAACUUCAAAAUGCAGAAAUGAAGGUAAAUGAGCUGGAGGCUUUAGAAGUGAAGGCGAGUGAGCAAAUAAAGGUUAUUGAACAACUCACUCAGCAGGGCAAGGCCUCAGAAGAUAAGCUGAAGGACCUUGACAGCCUACAGGAAUCUUUUGAAAAAGGUAAAGAGGAGGUCAGGAUCCUUAAGGAGACACUGAAGGUCAAUGAAAAUCUGUUGACUUCACAGGGUGUCAAGAUUAGUGAGUUUGCCAAAGCACUUGCAGAAAAAGAUGAGAAAAUAACCAGUCUAGAGCAGAACUUAUCUGCAUUGAGUCAGGAUAAGAUAUCUUUGGAGCAGCAGCUGCACAGUGUGAAAGAAAGUCUGGAUACUGCUUCAAAAGAUUUGGAGAAAACACAUCUAUCUAUGCAAGGGAUGGAACAAAAAGUAAAGACCACUGAGGAAAGAUCUAUGCAGCUCUUGAAUGAUAAAGCUAAACUAGAAAAUGAUAUAUCAGAAAUGAUAAAAUCAUCAGGCAACAGUUCUGCUCAGCUGUCAAGCAUGAAUGAAAAGCUAAUGCAGAAAGAAAGAAAGUUGGAAGAGUUGCAUGUUGAGCUUUUGGAUACAAAAGAAAAAGCUGCUAAUUUGGAGGAAAACCUAAAACAGAUGACCUCAAAAGUUGACCAAAUUCAGUUAGAUUCAGAAGAAAAACAUCAAAGUGAGAUGAAGUCAUUGCAGGAGAGCUUGACAAACAUGGAGCAACAAAGACAGGAAAGUCAGUCCCAGAUCCAGGCUUCACAUGCAAAGGCACUUGCUGAAUUGACUGCCAUUCAUGAUCAAACAAUAAAGGAACUCAAGGAAAAACUGUUACAGGCUGACGCAGCCCUGAUCAGCAUGGAAGCCAAGAACCAGGAAUUGGAGAAAGUGAUAAUCGAGUUAAAGGAGUUUAAGGAACAAGCUGAGUUGCUAACAGAGCAGCUGGCAUCAGCCAGGUCUGCAGUUGAACAAGUAAAUGAAAAAGUAGGAGUUUUAAACUCUGACAAACUAAACCUCACACAUGAGAGAGAUGAAUUAAAACUGGUUAUAGAUUCUUUAAUGGAAGAGACAUUAAAACUAAAAUCAGAAUUUACCACCAUGAACGCAAGUCUGCUUUCAGUAAAUGAAAAUCUGCAGAAGGAUAAAGAGAAGCUUGAAAAAGAAAAACAGGAAGUGUGGCUAUCUUGUCAGAAACUGGAAAAAGAGAAGAAAGAGUUGAAACUAGAUAAUGAGUAUUUAGUGCAAGAAGUAAAUAACGUGAAAAAAGAGGCAGAAAAGUCAUCAGAGGAAAAGAUGACCCUUAACACUGUGAAUUUGGAGCUGACAAACCAUAUGGAGAAAUUUAAAAAAUGUAAAAGUGAUAGCGAGGAAGCGCUUAAAAAACUUAAACAGCAAAACGAGGAAUUAGAGUUACAUGAAAUAAAACUAAGAGAACAGAUUAAGGUGGUUUCUGAAGAGAGAGAUGAUAAGUAUGACCAACUCCAGCGUAUUCAACAAACUUUGUCUUUAGAGCGUGAGGCAUUUGAGGAACAGAAGACUGUUUUAAAUAAUAAAAAUUGUUUACUAGAAAAAAGUAAUUUUGAGCUCCAGUCAAAUUACCAGAAUUUAGAAAAAGAAAAUGCAAGCCUGGUUGAGAAGAGUGGUAAUUUAGUGGCAGAAAAGGAAAUUUUACUGAAGGACCUUGAAGAGCUUGCUUUAUUGAAACAACGGAUGUGUUCAGAAAGAGCUUGUCUAACAGCUGAUAAUGAAGAACUCCAGAAUCAACUGGCCAGCCUCAGGAAAGACUGUGAAAAGGAAAUCAGAGAAAAGAUUGAAUUGCAAGCAUCAAAGGAAAGUUUGGCUAAACUCCUUGAAGAAAUUAAGACCAGUAGGGAAAUAACGGACUCUGAGCGAAUGAAUUUAUUGCAGGAGAAGGAGGACUUGCUGGCAACUCAAAGAUGGCUUUCUGCUGAGAAUGAAGAGCUUAAGCAUGAAAGGGAGGACACGUUAAAAAAACUAAUCCAAUUUCGUGAUCAGGCAGUGGCAACCCGAGAGAAGUUCCAGCAAGAGAAGGAAAUGUUGCUAAUAGAGAAUGAGUCUCUGUCUCAGAAAUGUGCAAACCUUAAUAAAAGGUUUGAUGAAAUACAGAAGGAAAAAGAGACACUUGAAGCUAAGAUAGAAGUUCUUGAAACCAACAUCAAAACAAUUUUGGACGAGCAAAAUGUAUUGACAGAAAAACAUGAAAGAGAGUUGACUGAAAAAGCAAACUUGUCAGAUGAAAAUUCCAAACUUUUGUUAGAUAUUGAAGACAAAAGGAAGAAAAUUGAAAAACUGUACGAAGAAAAUGUUCAACUAGUAUCUGCCAAAGCCAGCCUUGUUUUACUUUUAGAAGAUCUUGAGACUGACAAAGCAGCUGUUAAAGAAACAUACAAUUGCCUCUUGCAAGAGAGAGAUGAUUUGAAAAUUCAACUUCAAAAGGAGUAUCUUGAAAAAGAAAACUUGACAAAACAAAAAAUUGCCCUUGAAGGAAAGUAUCAAGAAAUAGAAAACACAUUAAUGCACAAUAGUAGAGAGGGGGUACUUGAAAGAGAUUCGUUGAACACAGAAAAAGAUUUGCUUGCAGUUAAAGUGCUUGAACUGCAGAAGUCACUGCAGUUAGUCUAUAAUGAGAAAGAUAGCCUUGCCAUUCAGUGUACAGACUUGCUUUCUGAAAAAAAGGAUUUGCUACAAGAGAAGCAAGAACUUGAAUCCCACCAAAAAAGAAACCUCGAUGAGAAAAAGAGCUUAGUUAAUGAAAUGAGUGCACUUGAGUCAAAGUUAGCUGAGCUGAAGAAUGAAAUGCAGACUCUAGUCAAGGACAAGUCUGAUCUUCUGAGGACCUUAGAAGAAAUGCAUAUGACUCAGAAAGCCAGUGGCACUAAAUGUGAACAACUGUGCCUGGAAAACCAGAGUCUUGAAGAUAAUAAAUUGAAACUGUUGUGUGAAAACCAGAAACUACUUGCAGAGAAAACCAAUGUGGAGAAAAUGUAUAAAGCUGCUUGUGAUGACCUAGUAACUGCUACUCUGGAGAAGUCGGAUUUUGAAGACCGCUUGAAGGGGCUACAGAAUGAGAUUAAUGAAUUGAAAUCCAACCUAAAUUUCACUGAAAAUGAAAAGCUGUCAUUUAAAUAUGAAAAAAGUGUUUUGGUCAGUACUGUUGAGGAGCUGAAAAGCAAAUUGAAUAUUCUAACAGCUGAAAAUACUGAUCUUCAAGCCUUAAGGUCAAAACUCCUUACUGACCUGGAAACUCAGCAAAACCUUCAAGCCAUGAGAGAUGCAGUACAUGAAAAUUCACUCCAGAAUUUUGAAAAAAUAAAGACUAGUCUUAAUGAAAUUUUCACUGAAAAGGAAAGCUUACUUAAUGAAAAAGCAAAGUUGGAGGCAUCCUAUAAAGACGUCUUAGAGCAGGUUGCUGUUUUAGGUAGAGAAAAGGAAGAAAUUGCAUCUAGGUUGAAAAAAGUUGUUACUGAAACAGACCUCCUAAAUGAAGAAAAAGCCAAGGCAGCUGUGAAAAUAGCAGAGCUUGAGGAGCUUCACAAAAUUGCUUUAGCAGAAAAAAAUAAGGCUGCUCAUACCACAGAAGAAUCUUUACAUUCUCUAAAUGAGGAAAUGAACUCCUUAAGAAAAGAGAAGAGUGAGACUUUAUCUCUACUAGAGGAGACAAGACAAACAAAUCAGAAGCUAAUUCAAGAGAUUGAAAUGUUAAAGCAACAGAACCUAAAAUUUGAAGAUGAGCUGAACCAGUCAAAAGACCAUCUCAGUUCUGAGAACAAGAGAUUAGGCACCCUCUGUAAAGAAAUUGAAGAGCUGAAGCAGGAUGUGUCUCAGAAGUCCCAGCAUCUAGAUGCUCUACAAGAAGAGAAUAUGAAACUGACAGAAGAACUGGGCAGGAAUCAGGAUGAAGUCAGUAGCCAUCAGAAGCUUGAAGAAGAAAGAUCAGCUCUUAAUAACCAACUGCUGGAAAUGAAAAAAAGCUUGCCCAAUAAUACUUUAAGCGAGUCUUUGCUAAAGAGAGAAUAUGAUGAAGAGAAAACUUCCCUUCAGAAAUCUAUUCAACAAACUAGUGCCUUGAUCUCAGAGAAGGACUCUGAAUUGGAUAAGCUGAAAAAAGAGAUCACCAUUUUAAGAGGAGAGAAUGCCAUUGCAAAGAAUCUCCAGUCAGCAGUGCAGUCUCUUGAAGCUGACAAAGUCAAACUUCAGGAAAAAGUGCAAAACUUGGAAAGGAAACUAAUAGAAAACAAAAAAGUGGAUAAAGAUUCUACUGUCCCAGGUGAUUCUGCUGUUGGACAAUUAAGAGAAGAAAAGGAAUCUUUAGAAAGCCAACAUAUGAUUGAUUUCCUGAAUUCAGUGAUUGUUGAUCUUCAGAAGAAAAAUGAAGAACUCAAGACUAAACUUGAGAAAAUGGCAGAGGCAUCUCUCAAUGGCAACAACAUCAGUGAACUAGACAACUAUGAAAGAUUCAGUGAAACUCUGGAAAAGAAGAAGCCCCCACCUCGUCUUUUCUGUGAUAUUUGUGAUUGCUUUGAUCUCCAUGAAACUGAAGACUGUCCCACUCAAGAUCAGACACCAGAAACCCCUCCCCACAGCACCUAUCACGGCAGUCGGAGUGAUGAACGUCCAUAUUGUGACAUCUGUGAAGUCUUUGGACAUUGGACUAACAGCUGUAAUGAUGAUGAAACAUUUUAACAGAAAAUUAGUUUUUGAAGGUGGUUUUGAAUAGCCCACUGUGUCUUUCUCUGAGAGCAAUAUAAACUGCUCGGAGGUGUGGGUUGGUUUGUCUUCAUCCAUCUUUUGUUUAAUAACUUUGCACUUCACCGAGACAAAUAGAUGGCCCCUCCAGAUGAAACAUUUAAUAAAGCCAUUCCAGUUGAAGCUAAAACACUGCAGAAUAUUCAAAUGAAAAUGUUCUAAUUUGAAAAUAUCGCUAAUUUAUUUAGUUUGUUAAUAUUUUUUCAUUUUGUGUUUGUCCGUGACUUUUAAUGCACACACAGAAGUCUAACUUGAUUAUAAUGGCAAAUUUAUUUGCUUACUUCUGAUUGAGCAAAGCAAUGGCAUGUUAUGUGCCACCGAGAAGCAGGUCCUAUUUAAAGUCUGUUUUGUUCAAACACUCUUGAAUGUUUGCCCAAGUUUAUAGGAUGCCAGAUCCACUACUCACAAAAAUAAAAGAAUGGUUUUACCUGGUGUCAGCUUCCUAAGAUAUUAAAAGUCUAUUUUCUAAAGAAAAACAACUAUCUCAAAUAUUCUUGGUCUUCAGAAAAACGAUACAGUAUCCAAUAUUAUACAGUAAAUUAUACAGAUGCAUCUUUUGCUACUUUUGCACUUGUAUGUUUCCAUUAUUGUUAACCAGUCCAAAAGCAUUUUAGUUGAAGCAUUACUUGAGGGACCUUUUCAGUCCACACGGUAUAUAGUUAACUAAUUUACAUGUUUGAAACUGUUGUAAGUACAUGCAAAAGUGCAUCUAUCGCAAGUAUUAAACCAUGCAUUGAAAGUCUCGGACAAGCCUAACUCAAGUAAUUAAGUGGAGCUUCACAACCCUUAUGCACUGCACACUUUGUACUACCGUUCUUCUUGAUUUUAAUUGUUAAACUACAGUUGAGAGUCUUUAUAUUAGCAUAUUUAAACUGUCAAAAUGUUUUUAAACUUUAAAAAAGGAGUGGUAAUUGUAUUUUACAUAUCACCCUGUCUGUCAUGGUCUAACUGAAUGUUAACUUUAUCAUCUGUAAAGAUAAAAUAAAUGUGGAUCAUUAUAUUGCAUCUUCCAUCCACUGUAAAAUACUGUAUAAGCCGGACCUCGAAUCUGUACAUAAAUGUAUUUUUUGGGACAAUAUGUAUUCAACUUGACAAAAAAAACACAAAGAAUAUUUUUUGUUAUCUAAGUCUGGGUUCUUUCAAUGAAUGUAUAAUAGGACUGUUCCAGGAAGGCAAAUAAUUUAAAAACAGUAUUAAUCCAAGCACAGUGUGGACUGUAUCUGCUUUAAUAAAUUGUUAUCCUUUAAACUCUGUUUUACUGCAAAA